AUGGCAUGGGCACCCCGACGUCUGGAGCAAUCAACAACUCUGGAGCGAGCUCGUGAGCGACCAGCAACGGCUCUCCAACGUCUGGAGCACUCGACCCCCGGAACGCCCAACGACGGUUCCUCGACCUCUGGAUUGCCAAACGCAAAUUCGUCGAGCCCAGGGUCGUCUGGCGCAGGCAAUAGUGUAACGUGCAUCCUCUGCCUUCCUCUCGCAUCUGUUUGCUACGCGCGUUUCGACGAACUUAAAGCAGCCGCGAAGAAGGGAAAGACCACCGAAGACCGAAAGAAUCAAUCGUAG